GGGGCCAUGGCGGGCGAGGGCGGGGCGGCGCCGUGGGGGCGGCGGUGCUUCGGGUGGGGUGACAACGGUCAGAGAUGAAGGUGGCCGCGGCGCAGCGGGGAGUUGAGCUGCGCCGGGCGCGGUUGGCAGCCAGGCCGCGCCUGUAGGACCUCGGGGCCGGGGUGGCGGGAUGGGGACCCUACUCGGGUAGAAAGGCGGCGGCAGCAGAGAGCGGAACUUAAGCCCGAGGGGCUCGCCUGCUCCGGUCACUCUCGGAGUCCUCCUCCACCUGCUGCCGCUCGGCCCCGCGUCCGGCGCGCCACCACGGCCUCGCCGGCGCCGGGGCCAUGUGGCGCUGGGUCCGGCAGCAGCUGGGUUUUGACCCACCACAUCAAAGUGACACAAGAACUAUUUACAUAGCCAACAGAUUUCCACAGAAUGGCCUUUACACACCUCAGAAAUUUAUAGAUAACCGGAUCAUUUCAUCUAAGUAUACUGUAUGGAAUUUUGUUCCAAAAAAUUUAUUUGAACAGUUCAGAAGAGUGGCAAACUUUUAUUUUCUUAUUAUAUUUUUGGUUCAGCUUAUGAUUGAUACACCUACCAGUCCGAUUACCAGUGGACUUCCAUUAUUCUUUGUGAUAACAGUAACUGCCAUAAAACAGGGUUAUGAAGACUGGUUACGCCAUAACUCAGACAAUGAAGUAAAUGGAGCUCCUGUCUAUGUUGUUAGAAGUGGUGGGCUUGUAAAAACUAGAUCAAAAAACAUUCGGGUGGGUGAUAUUGUUCGUAUAGCCAAAGAUGAAAUUUUUCCUGCAGAUUUGGUGCUUCUGUCCUCAGAUCGAUUUGAUGGUUCAUGUCAUGUUACAACCGCUAGUUUGGAUGGAGAGACAAACCUAAAGACACAUGUGUCAGUUCCAGAAACAGCAGUAUUACAAACAGUUGCCAACUUGGACAGUCUCAUAGCUGUAAUAGAAUGCCAACAGCCAGAAGCAGACUUAUACAGAUUUACGGGACGAAUGAUAAUAACUCAACAAAUGGAAGAAAUUGUAAGACCUCUGGGACCAGAGAGUCUCUUGCUUCGUGGAGCCAGAUUAAAAAAUACAAAAGAAAUUUUUGGUGUGGCCGUAUACACCGGAAUGGAAACUAAGAUGGCAUUAAAUUAUAAGAGCAAGUCACAGAAAAGAUCGGCUGUAGAAAAAUCAAUGAACACAUUUUUAAUAAUUUAUCUAAUAAUCCUUAUUUCUGAGGCCAUCAUAAGUACGAUCUUGAAAUAUACCUGGCAAGCUGAAGAAAAGUGGGAUGAACCUUGGUAUAAUCAAAAAACAGAACAUCAAAGAAAUAGCAGUAAGAUUCUGAGAUUUAUUUCUGACUUCCUUGCUUUUUUGGUACUCUACAAUUUCAUCAUUCCAAUUUCUCUAUAUGUGACAGUUGAGAUGCAGAAAUUUCUUGGAUCAUUUUUUAUUGGCUGGGAUCUUGAUCUGUAUCACGAAGAGUCAGAUCAGAAAGCUCAAGUCAAUACUUCUGAUCUGAAUGAAGAACUUGGGCAGGUGGAAUAUGUGUUUACAGACAAAACUGGAACACUGACAGAAAAUGAGAUGCAGUUUCGAGAAUGUUCAAUUAAUGGCCUGAAAUACCAAGAAGUCAAUGGUAAACUUGUACCUGAAGGACCAAGCCCAGACUCUGCAGAAGGAAACAUGCCUUUCCUUGGUAGUUUAUCCCAUCUCAGCAACUCAGCCCAUCUUACAGCCUCUUCUCUUAGAGCCAGUCCUGAAAGUGAAACUGAGCUAAUCAAAGAACAUGAUCUCUUCUUUAAAGCAGUCAGUCUUUGCCAUACUGUACAGAUCAGCAAUGUUCAAACUGACGGCAUUGGGGACGGUCCCUGGCAGCCCAACCUGGCACCUACACAGCUGGAGUACUAUGCAUCUUCACCAGAUGAAAAGGCUCUGGUAGAAGCUGCAGCAAGAGCUGGCUAUAUAUUUAUAGGCAUUUCUGAAGAAAUUAUGGAGGUUAAAGUACUUGGAAGAUUGGAAAGGUACAAAUUGCUUCACAUUCUGGAAUUUGAUUCAGAUCGUAGGAGAAUGAGUGUAAUUGUUCAGGCACCUUCAGGUGAGAAGCUUUUGUUUGCUAAAGGAGCAGAAUCUUCAAUUCUCCCUAAAUGUAUAGGUGGAGAAAUAGCAAAAACCAGAGUUCAUGUUGAUGAAUUUGCUUUGAAAGGACUGCGGACACUGUGUAUAGCUUACAGACAGUUUACAGCUAAAGAGUAUGAAGAUGUAGACAGGCGCCUGUUUGAGGCCAGGACUGCCUUGCAGCGUCGGGAAGAGAAGUUGGCUGAUGUCUUCCAGUACAUUGAGAAAGACCUGAUAUUGCUAGGAGCUACAGCAGUGGAAGACAGACUACAAGAUAAAGUUCGAGAAACUAUUGAAGCACUGAGAAUGGCUGGUAUUAAAGUAUGGGUACUUACUGGAGACAAACAUGAAACAGCUAUUAGUGUGAGUUUAUCAUGUGGACAUUUUCAUAGAACUAUGAAUAUCCUGGAACUUAUCAACCAGAAGUCAGACAGUGGAUGUGCUGAACAGUUGAGGCAGCUUGCUAGAAGAAUUACAGAGGACCAUGUGAUUCAGCAUGGGUUGGUAGUAGAUGGGACCAGCUUAUCUCUUGCACUCAGGGAACAUGAAAAGCUAUUUAUGGAAGUUUGCAGAAACUGUUCCGCUGUAUUAUGCUGUCGCAUGGCACCUUUACAGAAAGCAAAAGUAAUAAGACUAAUAAAAGUCUCCCCUGAGAAACCGAUAACACUGGCUGUUGGUGACGGUGCUAAUGACGUAAGCAUGAUACAAGAGGCGCAUGUUGGCAUAGGAAUCAUGGGUAAAGAAGGAAGGCAAGCUGCAAGAAACAGUGACUAUGCAGUAGCUAGAUUUAAAUUUCUCUCCAAAUUACUUUUUGUUCAUGGUCAUUUUUAUUAUAUUAGAAUAGCUACCCUUGUACAGUAUUUUUUUUAUAAGAAUGUGUGCUUUAUCACACCCCAGUUUUUAUAUCAGUUCUACUGUUUGUUUUCUCAACAAACACUGUAUGACAGCGUGUACCUGACUUUAUACAAUAUCUGUUUUACUUCCCUACCUGUUCUCAUAUAUAGUCUUUUGGAACAACAUAUAGACCCACAUGUAUUACAGACCAAGCCUACCCUCUAUCGGGACAUUAGUAAAAACCGUCUCUUGAGCAUUAAAGCUUUUCUUUACUGGACCGUCCUGGGUUUCAGCCACGCCUUCAUUUUCUUCUUUGGAUCCUACUUUCUAGUGGGGAAGGAUACAUCUCUGCUUGGAAAUGGCCAGAUGUUUGGAAACUGGACAUUUGGUACUUUGGUCUUCACAGUCAUGGUUAUUACAGUCACGGUGAAGAUGGCAUUAGAAACUCAUUUCUGGACUUGGAUCAACCAUCUUGUUACCUGGGGAUCCAUUAUAUUUUAUUUUAUAUUUUCUUUGUUUUAUGGUGGGAUUCUCUGGCCAUUUUUGGGCUCCCAGAAUAUGUACUUUGUAUUUAUUCAGCUCCUGUCAAGUGGGUCAGCUUGGUUUGCCAUACUCCUUAUGGUUGUUACUUGUCUGUUCCUUGAUGUUGUGAAGAAAGUGUUUGAUCGACAGCUUCAUCCUACAAGUACAGAAAAGGCACAGCUUGCUGAAGCACAUUCAAGUGUCAAGUGCUUGGACUCCAUAUGCUGUUUCCCAGAAGGAGAGACCCCGUGCGCAUCUGUUGGAAGAAUGCUGGAACGAGUCAUAGGACGGUGUAGUCCCAACCAUAUCAGCAGGUUGUGGAAUGCAUCGGAUACAUUCUAUGCCAAUGACAGGAGCAUCUUGACUCUCUCACCAAUGGACUCAUCUGCUUGUUAAAGGGACAGUAGGACUUUGUGGGAACAAGUUCACUUGUCCUCAAAUUUGCGGUCACCAUCCUGUUGUAAAAGGCCAAUUACUUUCUGAAAUCUCUGGAGGAGUUGAGACUUUCUCAGAGGCCAUGGGAAACAGACAGUUACAUGAACUCUUUUUCCUCUUUAAUUUGAAUGUGAAUAUAUAAAAAUUUGGAAAUAAAGAGAUAGUAACAAUCUCUUUGUCUGAUUUGUCCCUUCUGCUCAUGGGACUUCUAGUGGCAUUGCAGCCUUUGCUGAGGCCACUAUACUUUAAUAUCAAGGUAGAGAAAGGGGUCACUCUUGGUUAUGUGUAGUUUAGGAUGAGUGUGGUUUGGGACUCUUCUAUUUAAAUCUGCUUCUGUAAAUUAUGCUAAAGAUUUGCCUUGAGAACUCUAUUUUUUUUAUUAGAUUACAUUUGAAGCUUUUCGUGGGGAAAGUUAAUGUGAAUAUUAAGGAAUUUUGGUCCUUCAGUGACCUGUGUAGUUAAUCCAUUAGUGCUUUUUAAGUCACAGAGCAAUUAGGAGAGCACGUUUCUAACCAUUGUCUUGUGCAGUGUGGGUAUUAAGCUUAUACUGACACCAACUUCUUUAACAAUGCUGUAAAACAGAUCCUACAAGUGCAAAGGCAGUUUUGCAUCUCAUGUCCAAGUCAGUUAGGGCCAUUCACUAGACUUCAAAUUGCUGUUUGCUAAUAUUUUUGUGGCCAAGUAUGUAAACUUGUGGGUAAAUUCAAUACCAUUGUCAUAUUAAUUUACUGCAUCUGUCUUAUCUUUUGCAUGCUUCAACCUGGCUAAUAUAUUUCAAUCCAACCACACCCCAUUCCCCACCCAUUAUUACCUUCCUGACUCUGUUCUUAGUUUUAUUAUGACAAUAUUGUAAAGUUCAAUUGUAUCAAUAAAAAACAAGUUUGGACAGUAUUUAAACAUUGCAAAUAUAUUUAAUUAUAUAAAUUGAACUAUAAGCCAUAACGUCUUUCUUUGGCCCACUUAGAAUUGCUCUUGACUUGCUGUAAACCAACCUUCAGAAUAAAGGACUUUUGUUAAGAA